AGAACAGGUUUCUAAUUCCAUCGCCUCCCUUUCCAAAGACCCAACUUCGUUCAGCCGUGUUACGUUCUCAGCAUGGCUACACCAAGCCCAAUCGCAACUCCACUCGCUUCUUCAGAUGCGUCAGACUCGGCUCAUAGCGAAAUCAUCUUUGGGGUUAUAGGAUCCUUGAUCGGGCUUGCCGGCCUGGUACUCACAGCCAUAACACUUCGAUUCAUGUACUUGCAAAGGAAAAGGCAUGGAAGCCCCGCAGGAGAGCCUUAGAACUACG